GGGCGCCCCGCCCCCGGGCCCGGCGGCGGCCCAUUCCGCGUCCGUCUCCGUCCGUGUGUCCGUGUCCGUCUGUCCGGCCCGAGCGCGCGACCGCGGCGGGAUCCCAGCAGCCGUCAUGGGCUGGGGAGCCGGAGGCAGCUGCACCCCGCGCCCCCCCAUCCACCAGCAGACGCCUCAGGACACCCGCGUGAUCACUGUGGUCUUCCUCGGCCUCCUGCUGGACCUCCUGGCCUUCACUCUGCUGCUGCCCCUGCUGCCAGGACUGCUGGAGAGCCACAGUCGUGCCCAUGACCCCCUCUAUGGCUCGUGGCAGCGAGGUGUGGACUGGUUUGCCGCAGCCAUCAGGAUGCCAGCAGAGAAGAGGUACAACAGCGUCCUGUUUGGAGGUCUGAUUGGCUCCGUCUUCUCCUUCCUGCAGUUCCUCCUGGCACCACUCACGGGGGCAGUCUCUGACUGCUUGGGGAGGCGCCCCACGAUGCUGCUGUCCCUGACAGGUCUGGUCAUGUCGUAUGCCGUAUGGGCCACCUCGAGGAGCUUCGCAGCCUUCCUGGCUUCCAGGGUGAUUGGGGGCAUCAGCAAGGGGAACGUCAGCCUCUCCACGGCCAUCAUCGCUGACCUGAGCUCACCUUCCGCGCGCAGCCGAGGCAUGGCAGUCAUUGGGGUGGCCUUCUCGCUGGGCUUCACACUGGGCCCCAUGCUUGGCGCCUCACUGCCCUCGGAGACAGUGCCCUGGCUCGCCCUGCUCUUCGCGGUCUCCGACCUGUUGUUCAUGUUCUGCUUCCUGCCAGAGACGCUGCUUCCAGAGAAGCGGGCACCCUCCAUCACCCCCGGGUUCCGAGCUGCUGCUGACCUGCUCAGCCCCCUGGCCCUGCUCCGAUUCUCGGCUGUGACUCACAGUCAGGACACACCUGCUGGAGACAGACUCUGGAGCCUGCGCCGCCUGGGCCUGGUGUACUUCCUCUACCUCUUCCUGUUCUCGGGCCUGGAGUACACGCUCAGCUUCCUUGCCCACCAGCGCUUCCAGUUCAGCAGCCUGCAGCAGGGGAAGAUGUUCUUCUUCAUCGGCCUCAGCAUGGCUGCUGUGCAGGGGGCCUACGCGCGGAGGAUCAGCCCUGGUGGGGAGAUCACAGCUGUGAAGCGGGCCAUCCUGCUGCUUGUGCCCGCCUUCCUCCUCAUCGGUUGGGGGCUCACACUGCCCGUGCUGGGCUUGGGGCUGCUGCUCUACUCCUUCGCUGCCGCCGUGGUGGUGCCCUGCCUGUCCUCUGUGGUUGCUGACUAUGGCUCAGCCGGGCAGAAAGGCACAAUCAUGGGCACACUGCGAAGCCUGGGCGCCCUGGCCAGGGCAGUGGGACCCAUGGUGGCUGCCUCAGUGUACUGGCUGGCGGGGGCCAGGGUCUGCUUUACCGUGUGCUCUGGCCUCUUCCUGCUCCCCUUCCUGCUCCUGAGGAAGCUGAGGCCUCCAGCCCGCACACUCAAGGUCGAGUAGCUGAGCCAGCCCUGCCUGCCCAGAGCUGGGGGACAGGAGGCCCUGGGCCGGUACCCCUCCCUGCGCCCCCCUCCCCCCGGGGCCCAGCCCCAGGGUCCCUGAGACACUCCCAGCCCCUCCCUACGUGCAGACCUGCACAGCCCUGCUGGUUGGGCUGGGAGCAGUGACUCCAGAACCUUCCAGGCUUUCUGGGGGCUUUUCUCUCAGUAACACAGAUGUCAGCCAGACCACGGGAUGGCAAAAUAAAGCAGCUAUUUUAUA